AUGGAGAGAAUGGUGGAGUGGGUUACCUGGAUCUACGGUUACGGUCGCCAGAGCUGCGGCAGGAGAACUUGCAGGUGA